AUGCUGCCCACGGAGCGCAACCUGUCGGACUCCCUUCUGUACAUGCAGCAGCAGAACCGUGUGUUCUUGGACCCUGCCAGCAGAGAGAUUAUGAAGUGGAUCACCCGCGACCCCGGGGAGCGCGCUGUCCACGACAUGUUCACGCGCCUUUUUCCACAAGGCUGUGGCGGCGGCGCAGAUUCUCAACAGCUGGGGCUGUUCCUGGAUGUGGGAUCCAACGCAGGCUUCUAUUCGAUGGUCGCGGCAUCCUAUGGCUGCCAAGUCCUGUCAUUUGACCCACAGAAGGCGUGCGCCGACCUCGUGCGCCGAAAUUACUGCCUCAACGGAGCAUACCCCGUAGUUGCUCGCGACUUGGUAGCUGUCAUCAAUGCGCCGGUGUCGGACGUGCCCACCACACUCAACCUGUCAGUGCCAGCUCGCUGCGAGGGGGUGUUCUUCUUGCCGACGGGGCCCGGCGCGACCGCAAAGCAGACGGUGCCCACAACAGAGACGUACCAGCGCACCAGCGUGUCACUCGACGGCCUGCUCCUCAACGAAACAAGUCUUGAGGUGUACAUGAUCAAAAUCGACACAGAGGGGUAUGAAAUGGCGGUGCUCAAGUCUCUCAAGGGCAUGCUGGCGGCGCGCCGUGUGCGGCACAUAAUGAUUGAGGUGACCCCCCUCUUCUGGGCGCGCGACAAUGUGCCUCGCACCGACAUCUACAGCACGUUCCUCCCCCUGCUGGGCUACGGGUGCAAGAUCCAGCGGGUGCUCGAUAUGGUGGCCAACUCAACGGCGCUGCUGGAUUCUGAGGACAAGCUGCGGGAGUAUCUGGUGCAACGUGAUUUUGUCCAGGAGGACCUGCUAGUCAGCUGCCCGCGAGCGUAG